AUGAAUCAAACCCCAAACAGAGUAAAGUCUCUUCUCUUCAAAGCCCGCAGUUUCCUUGGCUUAGCCACCACGUCAGUCGCCGCCGCUUCCUUCUCCACCACCACCACUCCCAAACUAACCACCGCAUCAUCGACAGCCAUGGAAGAGCUCAAGACCCGUGUCUGCAUAAUCGGAAGCGGACCCGCAGCACACACUGCAGCAAUCUAUGCCGCUCGAGCAGAGCUAAAGCCCGUCUUGUUUGAAGGGUGGAUGGCAAAUGAUAUCGCCCCCGGCGGCCAGCUUACGACCACAACUGAUGUGGAAAACUUCCCUGGUUUCCCUGAAGGAAUAAUGGGUGGUGAGUUGACUGACAAGUUUCGGGCUCAAUCUGCUCGUUUUGGGACCCAAAUCUUUACUGAAACGGUUUCAAAAGUGAAUUUUUCGAGAACCCCAUUUGAGAUUUUCACUGAUUCUAAACGUGUUGUUGCUGAUUCGGUUAUUGUGGCUACUGGGGCGGUGGCGAAGAAGCUGAAUUUUGAAGGGUCGGAAAAGUUUUGGAAUAGAGGGAUUUCAGCGUGCGCGGUGUGUGACGGGGCUGCUCCUAUUUUUAGGGAGAAGCCAUUGGCUGUGAUUGGAGGAGGGGAUUCAGCGAUGGAGGAAGCCAAUUUUUUGACUAAGUAUGGAUCGAAAGUUUAUAUUAUUCACAGAAGGGAUGCAUUUAGGGCAUCUAAGAUAAUGCAAAGUAGGGCAUUGUCGAAUCCGAAGAUUGAGGUUAUUUGGAAUUCUGUAGUGGAGGAGGCUUAUGGAGAGAGGACUUUGGGUGGGCUUAAAGUGAAGAAUGUGGUUACUGGGGAGGUUUCGGAUUUGAAGGCUAAUGGGUUGUUUUUCGCUAUUGGACAUGAGCCUGCUACGAGGUUUUUGGAUGGGCAGUUGGAGUUGGAUUCUGAUGGGUAUGUUGUGACUAAACCGGGGACUACGAAGACUAGUGUUCAUGGGGUUUUUGCUGCUGGUGAUGUUCAGGACAAGAAGUAUAGACAGGCUAUUACUGCUGCUGGAACAGGAGUUCUUGUUGCUUGUGCAAAUGCUUUAGGUGCUGUUGUUUUGGUAUCAUCAAACUUCAGUGGUCUCAUCCAGAUGAUACAUGAGCUUACAUUUGAGUUAAGCACUCACCUGGUUUUUCAUUCUCGUUUUGUGACGACGCAGGCUGCAUGGCAGCGCUGGAUGCGGAGCAUUACUUGCAAGAGCUUGGAGCUCAAGAGGGCAAAAGUGAUUGACUAUCUAGGAUAUAGAAGGUUACUGGGAAUAACAGGCAUAUCUAGAUAUGUUGCAGACUUUGAUUGGAUCAUAGUCAAAAAUACGACAUUACCGCUAUAUUAUCAAUCCCUUCAGUACUGCAUUUCCAAAUGGAAUUUGUUGGACAUAUUUAAUGCUUCCAUCUGCUGCGAGUAG